CAAAAAUGGAAUCGUAUUCAAGUAAAAUAUUUUCUUCUUCCUUGUCUAGUUCUUCAAGUUCUUUUGCUGGUCAUGAUCAACACGAAGAAACGAAAGAAAAGCCAUGUCUUUCUUCUCUCCAUAGAGUUCGCAGCCUUUCAUCAAGAUCAAUCAACAAGAAGCCCAUCGCUCCAUCGCCACCAAUUCCCCCUAAAAUCUAUAGGGUCGAAGUUGUUAAUUUCAGACAAGUUGUCCAAAUGUUAACUGCUGCACCCGAGUUUCAAUCUCACUCCAAUUCCACCUCCAACCCCGGGCAUUCACGAGAGGUGGCGCCUCCCCCUCUUGAUCUUUCACCAACUUAUUCAUUAUCAAGUAAGAGUAAUAUUGGUGGGCAAUGGAGGGAGUUUCUUCCUCCUUGCUCCUCAGUGGUGAUAUCAAAUGACGAGGUUUCUAACGAGUCAAUUGUUGAAACAGACGAAAAACAUGUGGGACCCCAAAUUGAACCGAAUAGUACUACUUUUGAAGCAUGCGGUACAACUUCACUAGGCUUACCUCAAUCGCCUUCUUCUUUCGCGUGGUGUUCCUCUCUUCUUUUGAGCCCCGACACAGUGAGUACUUCUAUGGAUACAAGCGCGGUUCUCUAAUACCUAGCUCAAAAGGCGAAUUUAAAAUUUAAAUUCAAUAAAUUGUAGUUUGAGCUCGAAAAAUAGUGAAUUUAAUUGAACCCACACUGUACGU